UAGCAGCAGCAGCAGCAACUUCGACUAUAAUGGUGAUGGUGCUGUUGGUGGAGAUGUUGGCAGCUGCCUCUGCGGAGCAGGAGCCCCUCUCUCGAGCGCGCCCGGAGCUGCCCAGGCAGCAAACCUAAGGCAAGCAGCAGAGGAGACUCCGGGAUCCAACGCAGCAGCAGCAGUGACAGCUCGGGAGACGGCGGCGCGGAGCAAUCGGCAGCAGCAGCAGCAGCUCCAGCCUCUCUCUGCCCCGGUCGCUCGCGCCCCCUGAGCAGGAGGAGCGUCGGCGCAGCCAGGAUGGGAGGUUAGAUCCUAAGGGUUAGCUAGGCGCGCUCGCUUGCAGGAGAGGCAUCGUCGCAGGAGCAGCAUCCAGCACACGCAUCAACCCACCUCUCUCUCUCUCUCUCUCUCUCUCUCUCUGGUGCUACAGGAGGAAAUCCUGCGAAUGUCCUUGGGGAGCGGGAGGGGGGCGGAGGUGCCACUCUGCCGCGGGUAGCGAGCAGGCAUUCAGGAGCAGGCAGCCUUUGUGGGGGCAGAUCUCGGCGCAGACCAACCCACCGGCGAACUACAAAGGACCCCGGAGCUGCCAAUGUCCUCGGCCAUCGAAAGGAAAAGCCUCGAGCCCUCCGAGGAGCCAGUGGAUGAGGUGCUCCAAAUCCCUCCUUCCCUGUUAACAUGUGGAGGUUGCCAGCAGAACAUUGGGGACCGUUACUUCCUGAAAGCCAUCGACCAGUACUGGCAUGAAGACUGCCUUAGCUGUGACUUGUGUGGGUGCAGACUUGGAGAAGUGGGAAGGCGGCUAUAUUAUAAACUGGGCAGGAAACUGUGCCGAAGAGACUAUCUCAGGCUUUUCGGCCAAGAUGGCCUCUGUGCCUCCUGUGACAAGCGGAUCCGGGCCUAUGAGAUGACGAUGCGAGUAAAAGACAAAGUGUACCACCUGGAAUGCUUCAAGUGCGCCGCUUGCCAGAAACACUUUUGUGUCGGUGACAGAUACCUUCUCAUCAACUCAGACAUAGUCUGUGAGCAGGACAUCUAUGAGUGGACUAAGAUCAAUGGGAUGAUAUAGCUCACUUGUGCCUCAUGGUCUCCAAAUCCAUCUCACGGGUGACACAAAUACCUAGCUGUGGUGAGGAGAUUAUCACUCACAACAUCUAUGUGCUUUGUCUAAGGAAAGGGGGAAAUACAACAGAAUAUACAGGCACCUCAUCAUGUACAAUUGCAGACUGGGGACUGGAACAGUAGCAGGCAGGUGGAUUUCUGUUUGCAUUCGUGCUUUGGUGAUAAAACUGACAUUUUCUGAAGUGAUGGUGGAAGCUGGGGAAACAAUAUAAAAUAACAAUGGAUUCUCUUGACUGGAAAUAUAGUAGUGACAUGUAAACCAAUAUUAUGGCUUCGACACUUGCAGACUAGGUUGUGCAACAAAAUGGGUUUGGGUUUUUUUUUCUUCCUUUCUGUUUACACUAUUUAGACCAUGUUCCCAACAUUAAUGCAAGAUGGUAUAAUGUCAGGAGGUGGGGAGGGGAGCAAGCAAAAUGGGACUCCCGUUCUUUUAAGUUCUGGAUGUGGAAAGAAUGCUUCUUUUUGCAUGGAAACCAGUUUUCCCCAUUUGAGAAUGAAAAGUACAACCUUUGGCUGCAGUGCUGCAUCAGAUGCGCCCUAUUUUAUACGUUUAAGUACUUGUGAGGCCCGUGGGACUUAAUGGCAUGUGACUAAUGCCAGACUGCAGUCUUCAAUGCUAAGCAAUCAUUUCAAGAAUUUAGGAUAGGCCUUUUGCUGCCAUUGAGUGUGAGAAAUAUCACCACUCAUUUCUAUACAAAUGUUAAUUGGGGGGGAAAUUGUCCAGCUAUUUUAUUAACUUAGGCAAUAUUAAUAAUUUGUUGUGUGUAGUAAGAUCCUGCAGAUUUAAUUAAAAAAAUGACUGGUUUGA